CCCAACCAAAAAAAAAAAAAAAAAAUCAUUUUAAUGCAGCAGCAGAGACACACAAAUGUAAAAGCCAAUUCUGAACUCAUUACAGUUACACCGGUCGUCUAGAUUCUUUAUAGUUUUUACUCUACCAUUAGUCCGUGUGCUUCAUUCUCUUAUCCGAUACGACACCUCGGCGCACAGACUAAGUAGAGAGAAAAUCAAGAUAAAUCGAGGAAAAAAAAUAUCUUGGCUUCCCAGGUCCCCAGCCUCUCUCACUCUUUGAACCGCAAUACUCUGACGCUCACGCUCUGCAACUGCAAGUCAGUAACUACUAAAAUGUUCAUCAAAACGUAGGAACUCUGAACCUUGGACCACACAUCCACGUUUCCCUUACACAUCCUCUCUUUCUACAGGAGGAUUUCGACUUUUUUUUUUUUUCCAUACAGAAGGACAACAUGGAUGCUGUUCAUCUGCUAAACAGUUGCAUUUCGUCGUCUCCCAUCAAUCCAUCUUCUCCUCGUCCGCUUGCUGUUGUUUCUAGGGUUUCGAGUUCUUUCAUCAAAACCUCAAGCUAUUCCAUUGCUUUUUGUUCGAUUCGUCGGCGGAGACUCUGCUUGGCGUCUGGUGCUGACACCUUAGUCGUCGGAUCGCGUAAGGAAGACGGGAGGUCUCAUGAAGUUGUUAGUAAGAAAGAAGAGUUCGAGGAUCUGAAAGCUUGGAUGCAUAGCAACGGAUUUCCUCCUUGCAAGGUCAUUCUCAAGGAAAGGCCUUCGCACGAUAAGAAACAUCGACCUAUACACUACGUCGCAGCGAGCGAGGACCUCCAGGCGGGCGAUGUUGCAUUUUGUGUGCCGAAUUCCUUGGUAGUAACCCUCGAGAGGGUUCUGGGCAACGAGACAAUCGCUGAACUACUAACAACAAACAAGCUGUCCGAACUUGCUUGCUUGGCACUAUAUCUCAUGUACGAGAAGAAACAGGGAAAGAAGUCUUUCUGGUACCCAUUCAUCAGAGAGCUUGAUCGCCAGCGUGGGAGGGGCCAAUUAGCUGUGGAAUCUCCACUUCUGUGGUCGGAAGCUGAACUGGAUUAUCUGACUGGGAGUGCCACAAAGCAAUAUCCAUAUGACAUACCUACUGAGGCCUUUCCAUUUGAGAUCUUCAAACAAGCAUUUGUUGCAAUUCAGUCUUGUGUAGUGCAUUUGCAGAAAGUUAGUUUGGCACGAAGGUUUGCUUUGGUUCCUCUAGGACCCCCGCUGCUGGCAUAUAAAAGUGACUGCAAGGCAAUGCUGGAAGCUGUAGAAGGUGCUAUUCAACUGGUGGUUGACCGUCCGUAUAAGGCUGGGGAUUCAAUUGUUGUAUGGUGUGGACCUCAACCAAAUUCAAGGCUGCUUUUGAAUUAUGGUUUUGUUGAUGAAAAUAAUCCAUAUGACCGUAUCAUGGUUGAGGCAUCGCUAAACACUGAGGAUCCUCAAUAUCAAGAAAAGAGAAUUGUUGCUCAAAGACAUGGAAAGCUAGCUGUACAAGUUUUCCAUGUAUAUGCAGGCAAAGAAAAAGAAGCAGUUUCAGAUAUGCUUCCUUAUAUACGAUUGGGAUAUGUUUCAGAUCCAUCUGAGAUGCAGUCAGUUAUUUCUUCGCAAGGCCCUAUAUGCCCUGUAAGUCCAUGUGUGGAACGAGCAGUUUUAAACCAACUAUCUGACUAUUUCACCGCCCGCCUGGAUGGCUAUCCUACUACCUUACACGAAGAUGAAGCUUUGUUAACAGAUUUUACUUUGGACCCGAAGAAACGAGUUGCUACACAGCUUCUCAGGUUGGAAAAGAAAUUGCUAAAUGCAUGCCUUCAGGCUACACUUGAAUUGAUAAAUCAAUUACCAGAUCUGUCUGUAUCUCCCUGUCCUGCUCCUUAUGCUCCUAUAUUAAAAUAAGGUCUCUCUCUCUCUCUCUCUCUCUCUCUCCCUGUGUGUGUGCAUGUGCAAGCGCCUGCGCAUAUGUUUUCCUGUAUGUUUUAGGUCCCAUUGUAUCUGUACAUGAAAUUCAUUUUGUAUUUUGCAAGCUGCUUGCAGAAAUUGCUGAUCUUAUUGCAUGUGAUUCUUCAAGUUUUAGCAGCAUUAGUCAUUUGGUUGUGGCUGUUUCAAUUCAGAAGAGCUAAUGUAGACCAGGUUAGCCUAAUAUGAAGCAGUCUUUUUCAGUAAAUUCUAUCAUAUGUUGUUCUGCCAUGCAUCAGUUUUGGUUUGAGCUUCAGAUGGCAUUUGAUAGUGUAUCAGUUUACAUCUUGUUCUAGCAUGGGAGACCAUUAUUUGACCAUGACAAUCUGAUAUAUGUUGUACCUUGUCUGAAGGUAAGGGGUUGUGCAAGUAACCGUCUUAACCUUUCUUUUUUCAAGAUUUACGAUCUCCAUUACCAUCUAUGGUUACAAAACAAUGAAUAUCUCUAUGUAUUGGCAUGAAGGCAUACAAGUGAAUGGAUAAUCAUGGAAAGUAGAUAAAGCACUGCCAAAAUGGUUAAACCGGACCAAUGCCUACUUUAACAGAGUUUGUUGUCAACAAACUGGCAGUAAUCCUUUACAAUUUUGGAGUGAAUGUAGGUUGUAUAUGAAUUGGAUUCAGAUCUGAUCGUGGUGUACCUUAAUAAUCACGUAUUUUCA